AUGACCCCGCCUGCCUCAAUCGAACCAUAUUUUGAAGAGGAAUCUUUGGCUGAACUAGGAUACUCCGGAGAAGAUGUAGAAAAAAUUCUGACUUAUGAUCAGGUUAACGGGGGAUACAUAGAAACAAUGCUUAAUGGUACGAUAUGGAAGAAUCGCCCUUUGGGCUAUUGGCUAGUUACUCCCUGGCCAACUAUGGAGAUGAUCCUGACCUAUACAUCAUCUAUCGAAAACCCUCAACUCGACGGGGAUCCACAACCUCCAAAUUAUAAAUACUUGCAUCCCAUCCCGUCCAUAUCAUUUUGGGAGCAUGCGGUCCGGCCAUAUGGUCAUAAGUGUCGGAUCAAAGUCGAAGAUGAAUAUGUAUGGGGUAGAAAUGACAUCACAGGGCGAGUGAAUGUCUCACCAUUGGGAAACGAAUCCAAGUCGUUCUUAGAUGAUGUGGAAUGGCUCAAAAAUUCAGUGAAUUGUACACCAGAAGAAAAAAAAAUCUUGCAAAUUGGGAACAAACUGAUAAAGACUGCAGAGUAUGCAGCGGUCUUUUGGUCAGAUUCGACUGUACAACGACAGAGCAUUAACGAGUAUAUUAUGAUGAUCGAGGACAGCGAAAUGAACCUAAAAGACAAAAACAUCAGAGUACGAAUGUUUAAUAUUUUGAUGAAGGCAACAGAGAAGCAUGUUAGCCUGAUGCAGAAUCAGUUACGCAUCGACGAGUUAAAUCACACCAUUUCAGCAGACCGGCGAAUUGACCCUUUGAAGUUCAAUCGGGGAAUGCGAGCACUCAUACAUAGAGUCAAAUUGGAAUGGCAGAUAGAACUUUCCCAUCCGGUCAUUCGCCUCAGUAAUAUACUGAAUCAUUUAGAAAUGGCGUUGAUGUAUAUCUUGGUCCCCGAUCAACUCACUCAACUGAUCGAUACUGAGGACCAAAAAGAAAUCAACGUGAUAUCGCAAGCUCAUAUCGAAUUCAUCUCAGGAAAUGUUGAAAGCUGCCAAGAAACCAUUUCAGGAAUUCAUCAGAAUCCAGGGACAUCCUCGUAUGCGAUAACUUGCGCGGGACUACUAAAUCUAGCUUGUGCUUUUGCAAGUGGUCGCCGGGUAUGGGAUGAUGCACAAUAUAAAUUGACACAACGAUACUUUGCGAGAAUCAGAUAUUUGACCAGGCUCUACGAUGGAGGGAAAAGAGAAUGGAUUGAGUUGUUGGGACACUGGAUAAAAUUUGCUAAAGAUUUAGUGAGCAGUUUAGAUUAUGGAGGAAUGCAUGGAAUUGGGAUGAUCACAAUGAGUACGAGAAAGAAAAGAAAUAUCGCGAGAGAUAUGGGUGAAGACGCACCACCGUACACGCAAGAAGAUAUUUAG